AUGAGCUCCUCACUUGAGCAAGACGUACCCAGUAUUCUUCACCUUGUGUUCAUCGGCAAUUGCGUCCUUAUGAUUGCUAUCGCUUUCUAUGCGUUUGAUUGGUGUAUCCGCGUUGGACGUGAAGUUGACCUGAUAUGGAGCCGUGGCUAUUCCUUGGUCUCGGCUCUCUACGGACUGUUGGAAGUGUCUACCGCCCUUUACUUGGGCCUGUCAGCCACUCAAAAUCUCGUGUAUAUGGAUUGCAAGCUCACUACUGUUGAACCUAGAGUUCCCGAAGAGAUCGCACUACAGGCCAUUACUGCUAGCUACGACGCAGUCAUAGCCGUCAUAGCUACCUUACGUUUUCGUGCUAUCAAUGGCGGGGACUGGCGACUAUCGGCCGUUGUCUUCCUAUUAUUCAUUCUACGCAGUGCUUACCAGCUGUUCGAGUGUAUCAACAUCCGUGCCACUGAUGUCCCUCCACCCGUCGGUUGUGUAGACGGUGUUGCUUCUACAGCCAUCGAGCCGUUCGUAUCUGCAGCGUCCUUGCAUCUCGUAGCAGGACUGACCACCCGGUUUUUCUAG